UUUAGCAGACGUUAUUGAUAAACUUUUUGAUAACUUGUUUGUCCUUUUUCGCAUAUUCUUUUGUAUUUUAUUGUCUUUAUAAUUUGUUUCGUAUGCGCUCUGAUCCUCCGUUUUUUAGAGGAAUUGACAGAAUAAUUUAAUUGUAGCCUGCCAAAGUAGUGACAAUAAAGCGCUGUGCCCGCGCAGUUCUCUGUUCUUUGAUGGGAGCGCGCACCCGUCUUCAAGAACUUCUGAAGAGCGCAAAGAUCUCGCACCAGUUUCCACGCGCUUCCAAAGUAGUCGGACAACCUGAGGAUGACCAUAACACAGAAAUCAACUUUCCCUGCUCUUCUGUUGCUACUCUACGUUUAUAUUUCAGCUUCUGUUACCGUGACAACCAGAAAACCGAAAUUGGAGGUGCAUGAAAACACAAAUGCCGUACUGUCCUGUGAGUUCAGAACAGAGAGAGAAACACACCCCCGUGUUGAAUGGAAGAAGAGGGCCAAAGAUGUAUCGUAUGUUUAUUUUGAUGGUGAAUUUACAGAUUCAUUUAAAGGCCGUGCAUCCAUUGACGGGGCAACGGUGACCCUUCGUGGUGUUACACAGAAAGACUCAGGCGUGUAUCAAUGUGAGGUCACAGCCCGCCAUGACAAAAUCAAGCUAGGGGAAGUCAUGGUCACUCUCAGUGUGCUUGUGCCCCCACAUGCACCGUCAUGUCACGUCCCAGAAACAGUUGUGAGAGGUUAUUCUGUCGAGAUGCACUGCAAAGACAAACUGAGUGUUCCCCCUGCCACCUACAGCUGGUACAAAGACAACAAACCAUUGAAUUCAGCCCCUGAAAUCAACUACAGCCUGGACCCCAAAACAGGGACUCUGAAGUUCAAGAGUGUGUCCAAAUCUGAUGAGGGCCAGUAUCGAUGUGAAGCCGCCAAUGGGGUGGGAGCACCCAAAAGUUGUGCCGGUCGGCAUAUGAGGAUAACAGAAUUUGAGCUGAACCUGACUUUAGUUAUAGCUGUAGGAGUGGGAGCCUUCUUGCUUCUUCUCUCUUUCAUUCUAGCCGUCUGUCUGUGCUGCAGGAGAGGAUGCUGUUGUAGCUGUCAUCAUAAGAGUAAAGGAGACAAAAAGCAAAGUGCCAAGACCAGCUAUAACCCUCCAACAGAUCCCAGACAUUACAGACACACACAAUCCUUUGUGCUUUGAAGAGUGUGGACACACACACACCUGUGAUGAAUGGUUAGAGUUUGUAUAUUUGGAAAGCACCUUGAUGACCCUCUUUCUGUUUAAAACGGUGAAAGGAAAUAUGUCGCUGAAACGAUUGUAAUUGGAGCAGUUCUUAUUUAUCAAUACAUCUGAUGGUCUGACACUUAGAAUUUUAUCUUACAUCAAGUGCAUUAUCUGUUUCUUAGUCGGGUGUUAAGAUCAGAACUAAAGGUGAUUUCAGCUACUGUAAAAGGUUUCAUUUAUUUUUUAUAAAAAUUGUGUAGCAUUAUAAUUUCCUUGUGUUUUGGAUGACCUUGAGUUUAUAGAAAGUACUGUACAAAUAUUGCACUAUUGCAUAUUUCAAAAGGAAUGCUUUUGAGUUUUUCACCUUUUAUUUUGAAAUCAACAAGGCAUUGAAUAUAAAGGCCAUUAUAGUAAUACAAAUGUAAUGAUCCUAUUGAUUUGUGAGGUAACAGAAUUGACUGUUCUCUGGAUGUUUCUGAAGUCAAAUUAAUUAAUGUUUAUAAUUUAAUCAAAAGCAUAGUGAGCCAAAAAUCUCUGCGAAAGUUGUUCACUUGCGAAAAACUUUAUGAAGGUGCGCAGCAAAAGCUGACAAAAUCGUUUUAUGGACAUACUGUAUGC